AGCUAACGUUAGAAGGGGGCGCGACGCAGAAGGCUUCGGAGUCGGACUGGCAAGCACAGUGGAGUUUCACAUACUCAGAAAUGGCGACGUCCGACUCCAAGGCGCCGAUACGCGUCGUCAAAAGAGUGCAGUUUGGCAUUCUUUCCCCAGAUGAAAUACGACGCAUGUCAGUCACUGAUGGCGGGAUUCGUUUUCCCGAAACAAUGGAAGGUGGCCGUCCAAAGUUGGGCGGUCUCAUGGAUCCUAGGCAAGGGGUGAUAGACAGAAAUUCUCGUUGUCAGACCUGUGCUGGCAAUAUGACGGAGUGCCCUGGACAUUUUGGGCAUAUUGAUUUAGCAAAACCAGUUUUUCAUGUUGGUUUCAUAACAAAAAGUAUUAAAAUACUUAGAUGUGUUUGCUUCUACUGCUCAAAGCUGCUUGUUAGUCCGCACAAUCCCAAGAUAAAAGAAAUCGUGAUGAAGACUAAAGGGCAACCAAGAAAGCGACUGACGUUUGUUUACGAUUUGUGCAAAAGUAAAAAUAUAUGCGAGGGUGGAGAUGAAAUGGAUAUAAAUAAGGAAGGACAAGAACAGCAACCAGCAGACAGAAAACCAGGGCACGGAGGGUGUGGUAGAUAUCAGCCAAAUCUCAGACGUUCUGGUCUUGAUGUCUCUGCUGAAUGGAAACAUGUGAAUGAAGAUUCUCAGGAAAAAAAAAUAGUCCUGACUGCGGAGAGGGCCUGGGAGAUAUUGAAACAUAUUACGGAUGAGGAAUCCUUCAUUCUUGGUAUGGAUCCAAAGUUUGCGCGUCCAGAUUGGAUGAUUGUUACUGUACUACCCGUGCCUCCAUUGUCUGUACGCCCAGCAGUUGUUAUGUACGGAUCGGCUAAAAAUCAGGAUGAUUUGACACAUAAAUUGGCAGAUAUUAUCAAAUCGAAUAAUGAACUUCUGCGAAACGAGCAGGCAGGAGCUGCCACACACGUUAUAUCAGAGAAUAUAAAAAUGUUACAGUUCCAUGUUGCAACUUUGGUAGACAACGAUAUGCCAGGUAUGCCUAGGGCGAUGCAGAAAUCCGGUAAACCUUUGAAAGCUAUCAAGGCACGUUUAAAGGGGAAAGAAGGGAGAAUCAGAGGGAACUUGAUGGGGAAACGAGUAGAUUUUUCAGCCCGGACUGUUAUUACACCAGAUCCCAACUUGCGAAUCGACCAAGUCGGUGUGCCUCGCAGCAUAGCACAAAACUUGACUUUUCCUGAAAUAGUGACACCGUUCAACAUAGACAAAAUGCAGGAGCUAGUGCGACGGGGGAACUCACAGUAUCCUGGAGCAAAGUACAUAGUCAGGGACAAUGGAGAGAGAAUAGACCUCAGGUUUCAUCCUAAACCAUCAGACCUCCACUUGCAAUGCGGGUACAGAGUCGAGAGACACAUCAGAGAUGGAGAUUUAGUUAUUUUCAACCGACAGCCUACGCUACACAAGAUGAGUAUGAUGGGACACAGGGUAAAAGUAUUACCCUGGAGUACCUUCCGUAUGAAUCUCAGCUGCACAUCUCCAUACAAUGCUGAUUUUGACGGAGAUGAGAUGAAUCUGCACGUCCCCCAGUCCAUGGAGACGAGAGCAGAGGUUGAAAAUAUCCACGUAACACCUCGGCAAAUCAUUACACCCCAGGCAAAUAAGCCCGUUAUGGGUAUUGUACAAGAUACUCUGACAGCUGUUAGAAAGAUGACAAAAAGAGAUGUAUUCAUAGAAAAGGAACAGAUGAUGAAUAUUCUCAUGCAUUUGCCCAGUUGGGAUGGAAAAAUGCCGCAACCGUGCAUUCUCAAACCCAAACCUCUAUGGACUGGCAAGCAAAUCUUCUCCCUCAUAAUUCCUGGUAACGUCAACAUGAUAAGAACUCACGGCCCUCAUCCAGAUGACGAAGAUGACGGCCCCUACAAGUGGAUUUCGCCCGGUGAUACAAAAGUCAUGGUCGAACAUGGGGAAUUGGUUAUGGGAAUUCUGUGUAAAAAAACCUUAGGAACUUCUGCUGGAUCUUUGCUUCAUAUUUGUAUGUUGGAGCUCGGACACGAAGUUUGUGGUAGAUUUUACGGAAAUAUUCAGACUGUUAUCAACAACUGGCUGUUGCUCGAAGGUCACUCCAUCGGUAUUGGAGACACAAUUGCCGAUCCACAAACCUAUUUGGAAAUUCAAAAGGCAAUUAAAAAAGCCAAAGAAGACGUGAUAGAAGUUAUACAAAAAGCACACAACAUGGAGUUGGAACCAACUCCAGGUAAUACGCUCAGGCAAACUUUUGAGAAUCAGGUGAACAGAAUCUUGAAUGAUGCUCGUGACAAAACUGGAGGAUCUGCAAAGAAGUCACUCACGGAAUACAACAAUUUAAAAGCUAUGGUGGUCUCAGGAUCCAAAGGAUCUAACAUCAAUAUCUCCCAGGUUAUUGCCUGUGUAGGACAACAGAACGUUGAAGGUAAAAGAAUACCAUUUGGAUUCCGUAAACGAACCCUACCUCAUUUCAUCAAGGAUGAUUACGGUCCCGAGUCUAGAGGAUUUGUGGAAAAUUCUUACCUUGCCGGUCUCACACCUUCUGAGUUUUACUUCCACGCUAUGGGAGGACGAGAAGGUCUCAUUGAUACUGCUGUAAAAACUGCAGAAACUGGUUACAUUCAGCGUCGUUUGAUCAAGGCUAUGGAGUCUGUUAUGGUCCACUACGAUGGAACUGUAAGAAAUUCUGUAGGACAACUCAUUCAGCUGCGUUAUGGAGAGGAUGGGCUUUGCGGGGAAACUGUAGAAUUUCAGAAUCUUCCCACGAUCAAAUUGAGUACUAAGGCAUUUGAGAAGAAAUUUAAAUUCGAUCCAACCAAUGAAAGAUAUCUUCGGCGUAUAUUCACCGAGGAUAUAGUUCGUGAAAUGAUGGGCUCCGGGGAAGUAAUUUCAGAGCUCGAACGAGAGUGGGAACAAUUGAAUAAAGAUCGUGUCGCGUUGCGUGAAAUUUUCCCUAGUGGAGAAUUUACCGUGGUACUGCCCUGUAACUUGCAGAGAAUGAUAUGGAAUGGACAGAAAAUUUUCCACAUUAAUAAACGUGCCCCCACUGAUCUCAGCCCCAUCAGAGUUAUACAGGGGGUUAAAGAUUUAUUAGAAAAGUGUAUUAUCGUGGCCGGUGAAGACAGACUAAGCAAACUAGCCAACGAAAAUGCCACGCUGUUGUUCCAGUGCUUAGUGCGAUCGACUUUAUGCACCAAGUGUGUUUCUGAGGAAUUCAGACUCUCCACCGAAGCUUUUGAGUGGCUUAUCGGAGAAAUCGAGACUCGGUUCCAGCAGGCUCAGGUGUUCCCUGGGGAAAUGGUUGGUGCAUUAGCGGCUCAAUCUCUUGGUGAGCCCGCGACUCAGAUGACACUGAACACCUUCCACUUUGCUGGAGUAUCGUCGAAGAACGUAACCUUGGGUGUGCCAAGAUUGAAGGAAAUUAUAAAUAUCAGUAAAAAGCCAAAAGCUCCAUCCCUAACGGUUUUCCUGACGGGAGCAGCGGCCAGAGAUGCUGAAAAGGCAAAAAACGUGCUUUGUCGUCUCGAACAUACAACUCUAAGGAAAGUAACAGCAAAUACAGCCAUUUACUACGAUCCGGACCCGCAGAAUACCGUCAUUGCCGAAGAUCAGGAGUUUGUCAAUGUCUAUUAUGAAAUGCCGGACUUUGACCCAACCAAAAUCUCGCCGUGGCUCUUGCGUAUCGAACUUGACAGAAAGAGAAUGACAGAUAAAAAAUUGACUAUGGAGCAGAUUGCUGAAAAAAUCAAUGCUGGAUUUGGUGACGACCUCAAUUGUAUUUUCAAUGAUGAUAACGCUGAAAAAUUAGUGCUGCGUAUCAGAAUAAUGAACAGCGACGACAGUAAAUUCCAAGAUACCGAAGAAGAAACUGUUGACAAGAUGGAAGAUGAUAUGUUCCUUCGGUGUAUCGAAGCUAACAUGCUCAGUGACAUGACUUUACAGGGUAUAGAAGCAAUCGGAAAAGUGUACAUGCACUUGCCUCAAACAGACUCAAAAAAGCGUAUCAUAGUCACAGACACAGGAGAGUUCAAAGCAAUUGCUGAAUGGCUUUUGGAAACUGAUGGAACGAGUUUGAUGAAGGUUUUGAGUGAGAGAGACGUGGACCCAGUGCGAACAUUCAGUAACGAUAUAUGUGAGAUAUUCCAAGUACUGGGUAUUGAAGCUGUUCGUAAAUCGGUGGAGAAGGAAAUGAACACUGUUCUACAGUUCUAUGGUCUUUACGUCAACUAUCGACAUCUUGCUUUACUCUGUGAUGUGAUGACUGCCAAAGGUCAUCUCAUGGCCAUCACUCGUCACGGUAUCAAUAGACAAGAUACCGGAGCUCUUAUGAGAUGUUCUUUUGAGGAGACAGUUGACGUCUUACUUGAUGCAGCUUCUCAUGCAGAGGUCGAUCCAAUGAGGGGUGUAUCUGAAAAUAUUAUCAUGGGACAACUACCGCGCCUUGGAACUGGUUGCUUCGAUUUACUUCUUGACGCGGAGAAAUGCAAGGCUGGUAUAGAAAUUCCAAUGGCUGUGGGCGCUGGUAUGAUGGGUGGAGCAGGAAUGUUCUUCGGAAGUGCAGCCACUCCAAGUAUGAGUCCGCAAAUGACACCAUGGAACCAGAUGGGUGCAACUCCAGGUUACGGUGCCUCCAGUAUGUCGCCUGCCCUAGGUAGUGGCAUGACACCUGGUGGAGCCUGUUUCUCUCCCUCAGGAGCAUCAGAUGCUUCAGGAUUAUCCCCGGCAUAUUCGGUGUACUCACCGCAACCAGGUAGUCCUGGUAGUCCAGGACCCAGCAUGAGUCCUUACCCGAUGUCACCAGCUGGUGGCGCUUCUCCGAGUUAUUCUCCAACUUCUCCGGCGUAUUUACCAACAUCUCCGAGUAUGACACCUUCGAGUCCAAACUACUCACCGACCAGUCCAACCUAUUCACCUACUAGCCCUAAUUACUCACCAGCUAGUCCUAGUUAUUCGCCUACGAGUCCUAGUUAUUCACCAACGAGUCCAAGCUACUCGCCAACGAGUCCGAGCUACUCGCCAACUUCUCCGAGUUAUUCACCGACUAGCCCCAGUUACUCGCCCACAAGUCCUAGUUACUCUCCAACUUCUCCGAGUUACUCGCCAACUAGCCCCAGUUACUCGCCCACGAGUCCAAGUUAUUCGCCGACCAGUCCAAGCUACUCGCCCACAAGUCCAAGCUAUUCUCCAACCAGCCCGAGCUACUCGCAUACAAGCCCAAGUUACUCCCCGACAUCUCCUAGUUACUCACCAACUUCUCCCAGCUAUUCCCCCAGUUCGCCAAAUUAUACUCCGGCUUCACCAUCGUAUUCACCCACUAGUCCAUCAUACUCUCCUAGUUCCCCCCAAUACUCACCUGCCAGUCCAAGCUAUUCGCCAAGCAGCCCAAAAUAUUCUCCAACGAGCCCAAAUUAUUCACCUACUUCGCCUUCCUUUGCUAGUACUUCGCCACAGUACACACCAGCUAGCCCAACAUAUUCACCAACUAGCCCGACGUACUCGCCCACCAGUCCAAGCUACUCACCAAGCUCACCGCAACACACAACUGCUGGAGGUAGCACCAGAUAUUCGCCGAGUAGCCCUAAUUACUCGCCAACUAGUCCUACCUAUUCGCCGUCGAGUCCACAGUACUCACCAUCCAGCACAAAGUAUUCGCCUACUAGCCCGACUUACACACCUACGAGUCCUAGUUAUUCGCCGACAAGCCCAACUUACUCGCCACCUGUACCUGGAUAUUCGCCAACAAGUCCUACUUAUUCACCAGCUUCACCUGCUUACGAAACUGAUGACUAAGGGGUCGCUUCUGACGGUAUGUACAGAUAGAAUUUGGAGUUUUAGAUUUUUUAUUAUCCAUUUUUAUCAUGCGAUGGAAGUUUGUACAGAAUAUUUGGUGAUUAUAUUGUAAAUGUAUACCAUUAGUGAAAGUUGCGGAUACUUAACCCAAGUCGUUGACCAAAUUAGAACUUUUAGAGUGUGUGACCGCUGAUUUGUUUUUACUUAUUCUUCAUAUAAGUCAAAACAAAUUUAAUUCGAAUUUAUUAUUGAACUAUUGUGACGCAGAAGAUAGUUUCACUUUCAGUUAGCCAAUUGAAUGUGCUACAUAGAAGAGUUAUAUUCUUCUGUAUUCCACGCCAUACCUAAUAAAUUAAACUCAAGCAUCUGAGUAGUUUGAUAGUUGACGAUGGCAUAUCCACAACUUUUACAAAUAAAAUAUGUACGUAUUCACUCUGAACUUGUCUGUUAAUGUUUAUCUAAAUGUCGAUAUACAAUACUGUCAUCAUUGCAAGACGGCCGGACUGCACUUUGUCGACUAUUGCGGGUUGUUUUAUCAUCGCAUACCUUUGAUAAUGUGUUGGUUCAUUCAAUGGAUCUCAAGAUCAUACUUCGAUUGACACUUAAAUUCCACUAAUUAUUCAGUGACAAAUUUCAAACGGACGUAGACACACAAUACACAGACAUUCCAAGCGGAAAUAACGUUGCAGUUCUAUUAAUAACAAUCCAGGAAAAGUUAUUUUGUCAUGUAUGAUUUACACUCGAUGAGUAACUGUUUUACGGGACGUAAUCAAAAACUGAUUCCUUAUUCUCGAGGGAUGCAGGGUGCCUUUAUCGAUUCCACAAUGAAUGUUAUUUUAUUUUUCAAGGCCUUAGAAAAAAUUGCUGAAUAUGUAAGAGGAUGGGUGUAUGACAUGUUGCUUGCAGCAAACAUGACGACGUCUUACCAGUUGUCAAAUUGCUGGGAGAUAUUAUCGUACGUUUGUCAUACCAUAUCAUAAGAAUAGAAGUUAUAAGUUAUUUUAUUAUAUCAUCAUUAUUAUUAUAUUAUUAUCUCUAGAUCUAUCACUAAUUAUAAUGUUGCUACAAGAAAAACACAAAAAAAAACACCUCAAGUUAUUUAAAAGUUAAAGGACCUCGAUUAGGAAACAGUAAAGGUCAACUUUACGCUAUUGAUGAUUGAUAUUAUCAAAAUUAAAGGAUAAUCAUUUUUUUCUGCGGGAACUAUACGGUAAUUUUUCUUAAUUUAUAAUCAUUAUUACGCGUAGUUGGAAUUUUCUUAAUCUAAAGAUUGGUUCGUUGGCAAUAGUAAAAUUUUGUACGUAUUUUUAACUUCAAUUACAAUUAAAUAAUCAAUCAUAAUCAUCAUUUAGGUAAAAUGUUGCAUCUGUUUUCUCGUUUGAAGUCAAUUACGUAGAACCAGAAUAUUAUAAGAUUAAAGAUUAUUCUUUAUUUUUCGGCCAAUUGUAGAUUGAUGUCUUAAAUGGAGCUAAAAAUAAAGAUAUUUUCAAACAAA